AUGGGAAAAUUAAAUAGAUUAUAUGAAAGAAUAUUUAAUUCACCUCGAAAUUUUGAUAGUAUUUCUUUACAAAAAACCAAACAUUUAUUAUUCCAAUUUUGUGUUUUGGGUACGAUUGGAUGGAUUAUAUUUUUUGUAGUGUUGGUUUAUGAUAUUCUAAACCAACAAGUAUUUGUAAACAAUGAAAUUAGAGAUAUUGUACAAGUACCAUCAUUUACAGUAUUUCUACGUUUUUCAAAUAUGGAUUAUUUUUCAUUGAAUAAUCUAACCAUGGAAACAGAUUAUAAUGAAUUGGAUUAUGACAAGGUUGAAUCUUGUUAUUAUUCUCAAUCAGAACGUCAAUACCUUUGCCCAAACUUAGAAAAUGAGGAGAAUAAAAAUUUAAAUUCUUCAAUUUAUUAUCACCAAAGAAUAGAUGUCGAACCAUUCAAUUUAACCUUUCAACAAACCUACAUAAAUUUAAAUAUCCAAAGUAUUUUAAAUAAUAGUACACAAGGUACAGGAUUUGUUUUUAGAUUUGGUGAUUAUGCAUAUAGUUUGGUUGGUCCAAUGAAAGCUGAACUUUUAUUCAAAACUGAAAUGAUUAUAGAUCAAGGUGUUGAAACUCUUAGAUAUAUACCAAAUUUGGUGACAUCAUUAUUGGAUGAUAAAGUUUGUCAAGAAUAUAGUAAUACAUUGGAAUUGAGAAAUAAUUGUAGCUCAAUUUCACUUUCAAUCAUUUAUCAAUCCAAUAUUGUACCACGUUAUACAUUAGAGACUGGUCCACAAUUACUCAUUAGAAUUUUAAUCAAUACAUUCUCAAUUGGUAAAUUGACUCUAGUAUUUCUCUCUUUAGUUUUCUCAUUUUAUUCAAAAAAGUUUUUAUUUAAAAAAAGAACAUCAUGGUUUGAAAAUUCAGUUAGAGAUGCAGUUUUAUAUCAUUUUAAUUUUUAUGUUUUAGAAAAUGAUAAACCUUGUCUUACAAAAGAAAAAUUAACAAAACUUGAAAAAUCAAUUAUAGAUCAAGGUGACCUCGAUAGAUUAUUAAAUAAAAAUGAAAAAACAAUUAAAAAUGAACAAGAAACAAUGGGUUCAGAAAGUAAAUAUAAAAGACUUUUAGAAGGUAUACCUCCACAAGAUAAAUAUAGUAUUUCAUUAUCUAGAUUUUCACUUUUUCAAAUUAUAGUAUCAGCUUUAAUUUUAGUUGUUAUUGGUAUAUUUAUUGCUACAAAAGAUUUAAAAAAUAGAUUAGCUACAACUUCAUAUAAUGAUAUUGAUUAUUUAGAACUUCCAUCAUUUAAUUUUACAAUUCAAUCAGUUAGAAAUUCAACAGAAACAUAUUUAUUAAGAUGGGAAGAAACAUUACCAAAUCAAGAAUUCUUGGAAUGUACAAGUUUUUUAAAUGGUUCUUAUGUUGAUUUUAAAACACCAACUUGUGAUAAAACUUUAAAUUAUCCAAGCAAUACAACAUCGAUUGAAGGAUUCCCAACUAUAUCAUACAAUUCAGAAGGUGGAUCUAUAUUAGUUGGAAAAAAUCAAAAUUAUUCUCUUGUACUUUACACAAUCUCUUAUUAUAAUACACAAUACCAUUCACCAGAUUUAACAUAUGCAACACUUUAUAUAAAUGAUAUAGCUUAUUCUGUUAGACCAAAUUCAAAUAUAUCAAUAGAAUUAACUAAAUCUGUAUUUCACCAAGCUGAUGGUACCAAUAUAACAACCUAUGAACCAUCAGUAACCUCUGUACCUUUACCAACAAUUUCAAUUCCAAAUGCUUUUACAGGUAUAUCUUAUAUCUACAUUUGGUACAGUUCAAAUGUAGUAUCAGACAUUUAUAUAGAGACAACCUAUCAAUUAAUAAAAAGAACUUUUACCGACAUCUCUUCAUUCAUUUCACCAAUUACAACCAUUGUUGGUUUAUUCUUUACAAAAAUUCUUAUCAAAAUUUAUUUCAAAUAUUCAACGGCUCAUGUUGAUUUCAAAGUUAGAGAAGCUAUCAUUUAUCAUUUAAGAUACUAUGAAAAUUAUAAAUCAAUCUAUAGAACAAAUAAAAGAAAAUCUCAAAAAUUAAAUACAAAUAAUAAUAAUAAUAAUAAUAAUAAUAAUAAAAAUAAUAAUUAUCAAUUAAAUUCUCAUUAA